UCCUGAGUCUGGUGUCUGGGGAAACUUUUCUUCCAUGGCUCAGGACAUACUCCUGCAUCCAGCCAACAGGAGAACUUUCAGUGUGGACUGGAGCCCAGGGACCCUGAGAAAGGCCGCAGAUGAAGAUGGCAAGCAUCCGCUGCAGACUGGCCAGAUACCUGGAGGACCUGGAGGAUGUAGACUUCAAGAAAUUCAAAAUGCAUUUGGAAGACUAUCCUCCUCAAAAGGGCUGCAUCUCACUCCCGAGGGGUCAGACAGAGAAGGCAGACCACGUGGAUCUGGCCACCCUCAUGAUUGAUUUCAAUGGGGAAGAGAAGGCAUGGGCCAUGGCCAUGUGGAUUUUUGCUGCAAUCAACAGGAGAGACCUUUAUGAGAAAGCUAAGAGGGAUGAGCCGGAGUGGGACAAUGCACAUGUUUCUAAUCCCCCUGUGAUAUGCCACGAAGAGAGCAUUGAGGAAGAGUGGAUGGGUUUACUGGGGUACCUUUCCAGAAUCUCUAUUUGUAAAAAGAAGAAAGAUUACUGCAAGCAGUACAGAAAACACAUGAGGAGCAGAUUCCAGUGUAUCGAAGACAGGAACGCCCGGCUGGGUGAGAGCGUGAACCUCAACAAACGCUACACGCGGCUGCAGCUCGUCAAGGAGCACCCAAGCCAGCAGGAGAGGGAGCACGAGCUCCUGGCCAUCGGCAGGACCAAGACGUGGGACAAGCCCGUGAGUCCCAUUAAGAUGGAGCUGCUGUUUGAUCCCGACGACGAACACUCGGAGCCUGUGCACACGGUGGUAUUUCAGGGAGCGGCAGGCAUUGGGAAAACAAUACUGGCCAGGAAGAUUAUGUUGGACUGGGCGUCGGGCAAGCUCUACCAAGACAAGUUUGACUAUCUGUUCUACAUCCACUGCCGGGAGGUGAGCCUGGUGACACGGAGGAGUCUGAGGGACCUGAUCGUUAGCUGCUGCCCUGACCCAAACCCACCCGUGUGGAAGAUCAUAAAGAAGCCCUCCAGGAUCCUCUUCCUCAUGGAUGGCUUUGAUGAGCUGCAGGGCGCCUUUGACGAGCACGUGGGGGCACUCUGCACCGACUGGCAGAAGGCUGAGCGUGGGGACAUUCUCCUGAGCAGCCUCAUCAGAAAGAAGCUACUUCCCGAGGCCUCUCUGCUCAUCACCACGAGACCCGUGGCCCUAGAGAAACUGCAGCACUUGCUGGACCAUCCCCGUCACAUAGAGAUUCUGGGUUUCUCGGAGGCCAAAAGGAAGGAGUAUUUCUUCAAGUAUUUCUCAGACGAGGCACAAGCCAGGGAAGCCUUCAGGCUGAUCCAGGAGAAUGAGGUCCUCUUCACCAUGUGUUUUAUUCCGCUGGUCUGCUGGAUCGUGUGCACUGGACUGAAGCAGCAGAUGGAGAGCGGCAAGAGUCUUGCCCAGACGUCCAAGACCACCACUGCAGUGUACGUCUUCUUCCUUUCCAGUUUGUUGCAAUCCCGGGGAGGGAGCCAGGAGCACCCCCUCUCCCCCCACCUUCGGGGGCUCUGCUCUUUGGCCGCAGAUGGGAUCUGGAACCAGAAAAUCCUCUUUGAGGAGUCCGACCUCAGGAAUCACGGCCUGCAGAAGGUGGAUGUGUCUGCUUUCCUACGGAUGAACCUGUUCCAGAAGGAAGUGGACUGCGAGAAGUUCUACAGCUUCGUCCACAUGACCUUCCAGGAGUUCUUUGCUGCCAUGUACUACCUGCUGGAAGAGGAGGAAGAGAGAGGGACAAGGACCGCGCGGGGCAGUUGUUCAAAGCUUCCGAACCGAGAUGUGACGGUCCUUCUUGAAAACUAUGGCAAGUUUGAGAAGGGGUAUUUGAUUUUUGUUGUCCGUUUCCUCUUUGGCCUUGUAAACCAGGAGAGGACCUCCUACUUGGAGAAGAAAUUGAGCUGCAAGAUCUCUCAGCAGAUCAGGCUGGAGCUGCUGAAGUGGAUCGAAGUGAAAGCCAAGACCAAGAAGCUGCAGAUCCAGCCCAGCCAGCUGGAAUUGUUCUACUGUUUGUUCGAGAUGCAGGAGGAGGAUUUUGUGCAAAGGGCCAUGAACCACUUCCCCCAAAUUGAGAUCAAUCUCUCCACCAGAAUGGACCACGUGGUUUCUUCUUUUUGUAUUGCAAACUGUCGUAGCGUACGAUCACUUUCCCUGGGGUUCCUCCAUAGCACACCCAAGGAGGAAGAAGAGGAGGAGGAGGAAGGUAGAUACCUUGACAUGGUCCGGUGUGUCCUCCCAGGUCCUCAUGCUGCCUGUUCUCAUCGACUGGUGAACUGCUAUCUCACCUCCAGCUUUUGCCGGGGCCUCUUCUCGGUUCUAAGCACCAACCAGAGCCUAACUGAGUUGGACCUCAGUGACAACACCCUGGGGGACCCGGGGAUGAGGGUGUUGUGUGAAACGCUGCGGGACCCCGGCUGUAACAUUCAGAGACUGUGGUUGGGGCGGUGUGGCCUUUCCCAUCAGUGCUGCUUCGACAUCUCCUUGGUCUUGAGCAGCAACCAGAAGCUGAUAGAAUUGGACCUGAGCGACAACGCCCUGGGAGACUUUGGAAUCAGACUUUUGUGUGUGGGCCUGAAGCAUCUAUUCUGCAAUCUGGAGAAGCUCUGGUUGGUCAGCUGCUGCCUCACGUCGGCGUGCUGUGAGGAUCUCGCCUCAGUCCUGAGCACCAGCCGCUCCCUGACGAGACUCUACAUGGGGGAAAAUGCCUUGGGAGACUCGGGAGUCAGAGUCCUGUGUGAAACGGCCAGGCAGCCACACUGUAACCUGCAGAAACUGGGGUUGGUGAAUUCUGGCCUUUCGUCAGUUUGUUGCUCGGCUCUGUCCUCGGUGCUCAGCACUAACCUGAAUCUCACGCACCUUUACCUGCGAGGCAACGCUCUUGGAGACGCAGGGGUCAAGCUGCUCUGCGAGGGGCUCCUGCUGCCCAGCUGCAAGCUGCAGGUGCUGGAACUAGACAACUGCAGUCUCACCUCACACUGCUGCUGGGAUCUUUCCACACUUCUCACCUCCAACCACAGCCUGCGAAAGCUGAGCCUGGGCAACAAUGACCUGGGUGACCUGGGCGUCAUGAUGCUCUGUGAAGUCCUGAAACAGCAGAGCUGCCUCCUGGAAAGCCUGCAGUUGUGUGAAAUGUAUUUCAAUUAUGAGACAAAACUUGCCUUGGAAACACUUCAAGAAGAAAAGCCUGAGUUGGCCAUUGUCUUUGAGCCGUCGUGGUAGGGGUGGAUCCGGGGCUGCCGGAUGCCGGUGUUCCUGGCCCCCACCCGCCAGGCGCCCACAAGUGGAGGGAGCCCUCAUCCAGCCUGGGCCAAGACCGCUGCCCUGUGAUCCUGCCGGGCCGGCGUCAGGGGACAAAAGCUUGCCGAUGGUGCCUUCGCGUGGGGAACCCGAGACUCUCCUUUCCCUCUGGGCGAAGGCACCAAGGCAGGAAAACCAUCUGGGUGAUGCUGCUCUCACCACAGCGCCUCAGUCAGAGGGUGCUCCUCGUCAUGACCUCACGUAAUUAACUCGGUUAAUAAAACAGUUUCUCUUUUCAUCUUCUUACACUUUCUAACUCCCCCUAGCAUUUUUCCAUCUUUGUUCUGUUUCCUUUUGCUCAUAUCAUCAUUCGUGUUCUCUUUCUAGUAACUGACCACGGCACAGAACUAGUUGACUAUGUAUUAUGUUGCAUUUUGGGGGAGCUACUUAUUUAUUUUUAAUUUUUGUAAUAGUUAUGUUUUCUAAUAAGAAAAAAUCAAACAACCCCAUUAAUAAAUGGG